CGACGUGGCACUUUGUGGAACGUGUGAUAUAUCUAACAGUGAAGAAAUAACGAAAGACAGUGUACCUUUCCCACGCGGAAGGUAGACAAUCCGUUUCCAAAAUCCACAUCCGAACCAGAAACACCCGCUUCACAAACUCACAAAUCCCAAACCCCAACAUCAUAACAAUGGCCACCAAUUUUGCUUCAAGGUCCAUUUUCUUCUCCCUUUCCACCAAGCUCUUCAUUUUCCCUUUCAAACCAUCUACUUCAUACCAUCCCUUUUCUCUCCCUCGUCGUUUCACAAGAACAACAUGCACUCUACAACAACAACAACAACAACAACAACCUCAAACUACUCGAAGUGUCGUUGGAAUCCUCGAAGAAAGAGGCUUACUAGACUCCAUAACAAACGACACUCUCAGAAGCAUUUCAUCAAACACCAUCAACGCACCCCUCAAAGUCUACUGUGGAUUCGACCCAACCGCCGAAAGCUUACACUUGGGCAACCUAUUGGGUCUCAUUGUUCUCUCUUGGUUCCGCCGUUCCGGACAUAAUGUCGUCGCUUUGAUCGGCGGCGCCACCGCACGCGUCGGCGACCCGUCUGGGAAAAGCCUCGAAAGACCGGAGCUUGAUGUUGAAACUUUGGAGAGGAAUGCUGCAAGUAUUGAGAAAACCAUCAGAACAAUCUUGGGUCGUGUUGAAACUCGCAAAUUUGAGGAGUCGAAUUUCGAUGGUAAUGUGUUUUGUGAUUCUUCUGUUGUGGUUUUGAACAAUUAUGAUUGGUGGAAAGAGUUUAGUUUGUUGGAUUUUUUGAAAAAGGUAGGUAAGUAUGCUAGAGUAGGUUCAAUGAUGGCUAAGGAGAGUGUUAGGAAGAGAUUAGAAUCUGAACAAGGAAUGAGUUAUACUGAGUUUACUUAUCAGUUAUUGCAAGGUUAUGAUUUUUUGUAUUUGUUUCAGAAUGAAGGUGUUAGUGUUCAAAUUGGGGGUAGUGAUCAAUGGGGUAAUAUAACUGCUGGAACUGAAUUGAUUAGAAAGAUAUUGCAGGUAGAAGGUGCUACUGCUACAUAUGGUUUAACAUUUCCUCUUUUGUUGAAAAGUGAUGGUACAAAAUUUGGUAAAUCGGAGGAUGGUGCAAUUUGGUUAUCUUCAUCUUUGUUAUCUCCAUACAAGUUUUAUCAGUAUUUUUUCUCUGUUCCGGAUGCCGAUGUUAUUAGGUUCUUGAAAAUUCUUACGUUUUUGGAUAUUGGGGAGAUAGUUAAGUUGGAGGAAGAGAUGAUGAAACCUGGAUAUGUGCCUAAUACUGCUCAGCGGAGGCUGGCCGAAGAAGUUACCCGAUUUGUUCAUGGAGAAGAUGGUUUGAACGAAGCUAUUAAGGCAACGGAAGCAUUGAGGCCAGGAUCCGAGACAAAGUUGGAUUGGAAAACUAUCGAGGGGAUUGCUGAGGACGUCCCGUCUUGUUCUUUAGCUUAUGACGAGGUUUUGAAUCAGUCUUUGGUUGAUCUUUCAGUGUCUUCUGGUUUGUUCGACAGCAAAUCGGCUGCGCGCAGGUUGUUAAAGCAAGGAGGUCUUUACUUGAACAAUAGCAGAGUAGAUAAUGAAAAUAAGAGGGUUGAGGCAGCUGAUAUAGUGGAUGGUAAAGUUCUCCUUUUAUCUGCAGGAAAAAAGAAUAAGGUGCUCGUGCGGAUAGCAUGAUAGGAUUUAUUAGAUGAAUAUUCUUUGGAAAAUGUUUUAUUUAUUCUGUUAGUUUGUUGUAUGCUUAGUAAACCUUUGAUUUUGGAGCUACAUAGUAACUUUUAAGUUGGUCAUCAAACAAGUAUGUUUAUUGGUAACUUGUAGGCCAAUUUGUCAUUUGCUAGGGGUUUCAAUGAAUAACUUUCAUGACAUUAUAUGCUUGUGUCAUUUAUAACUUGGUUCCAGUAAUAAUAAACUUUGCAGAUGUCUACCAA